AUGGCAAUACUAUUCCUUCACGGCUUGAAGCCUGUUUUUAAUGCUUCCACCAUUGUAAGAAAUCCUAUACGAAAGAUUGUUCCAGGAGUAACAAUUUCAACCAAAAGAACUAUUCAUAGUAUCAGUCAUCUAUAUUCUGAAAAUAAAACAAACAAUAUUGCAAAUGAGACAAAAGAACCAUCGUCUUCAGUACAGAUGUUUAAGCCCCCAGAGUCUUCUCACUUUGAAGAUUCUUAUCAAAAAGACUAUGAAAGAAUAGCAAGAUAUUCCUUGAUUCCAUUAACAAUGGUACCUUUUUACGCAUCCUUUACUGGUGGGGUCAUGAAUCCUCUGCUCGAUGCGUCUUUAUCCUCCAUCUUUUUAAUAUAUUUACAGUAUGGUUUCACGAGUUGUAUCAUUGAUUACAUACCGAAGGAAAAGUAUCCAAGAUGGCAUAAAUUAGCUCUUUACACUCUUUAUGGAGGAUCUAUGUUGUCCUUGUAUGGAAUUUACGAAUUAGAAACGAAAGAGAAUGGUUUUGUUGAUUUAGUAAGGAAACUUUGGAAUGAGAACGAUGAUCAUUUGUAUAUAUUCGGAAGAAAUUGA